AUGUCAUCCUCUUCAUCUCUACUACCCCCAACCCCAUUGUUCUCCUCGCUCCCUCUCCAAGCUAGUGGCCCCCGCGGCAAUGCAUGGGGUCUACAUGGCCCUACCGACCAGCUCGGAUGUCUCAAUCGUCUCACUCCCGAAAACACCGUUGAAGCUGCCAAGGAAAUAAAAUACGGCAUUCGAAUAUCUACCGACUGGGCUUUGGACAAACCCAAAGUCCCAUGUUUUGGACGUGUACAGUUUGAACAAAAGAUCAUACAUAAAAGUCCAAAAACUGUGAAUGAUGACGUGCUGGUAUUGAAUACACAAAGUAGUAGUCAAUGGGAUGGAUUUAGACAUUUUGGAUACCAAGACGCAAAGGUUUACUUCAAUGGGUGCACUCAAGAAGAAAUACACAAUUCGACACGAAAUGGAAUCGACGUCUGGGUAGAAAAUGGCGGUAUAGUCGGUCGUGGUGUCCUUCUUGACUACGCAUACUGGGCCGAGUCCCAAGGUCGUACUUUCAACCCUCUAACAACAAUCAAAAUACCCCUAUCUGAGAUCAAAGCUGUGGCCGAAGCUCAGAAUGUCAUAUUCCGUCCAGGUGACAUCCUCUUUAUUCGUACUGGGUAUCUUCGUGCUUUUGAAGCUCUGUCUUCUUCAGAAGCGGCAACACUCGCCACCGCUUCCGAAAUGACAACAAUAGGCCUUGAUGCCUGCCCUGAAGUAUUAGAAUGGCUAUGGAAUCAAGAGUUCUCCGCUGCUGCUGGAGACCAACCCGCUCUAGAAUCCCUUCCUUUUGAUCUUACAAACCAACACUGGAUGCACGAAUGGCUCCUUGCCGGAUGGGGAAUGCCAAUUGGAGAGCUAUUUGAUUUGGAACGACUGGGAGAAGAGUGUAGAAAAUUGAAGAAGUGGACGUUCUUUUUUAGCAGUGUACCUUUAAAGGUACCGGGAGGUGUUGCGAGUCCUCCAAAUGGGGUUGCUAUUUUAUGA